UUCCGUUUUCUUUGCACUCUAAAAAUAAACAUGGCACCUUCUACUGUCACUUUUAUUUCCCUAUUACUCUUAGUUGUUACUUUGGCUGCAGUCUCAGCUGAAACUAAGAAAUAUGCGUUUGCGACAGUCAAGAGUUGUAGUGGAUGUUCCUUGAACCGGCUUCCAGAUGUCAAACAAUUUAUUUUCCAGGACGUACCACAAUAUAACAAUGUUGAAUUCAAACAUAUUCAGGGUGCAAAUCCAGAACUUGUUCUUUAUGAUGAAAACGAGGAGGAAAUGGAGAGAUUAAAUUUAUCAAGUCUUACACGUCAAGAGUGUAACGAUUUACUUGUAUCUAAAGGUUUCACAAAGUCUACUCCUCAAAAAGAUGAAAUCUAAGGCUUUCUAAUUAGACAUACACUUAAACUUUGACGCACAUCAAAGAAAUCGAUAUAUCAAUUUUAAUUGCAUUUGUAAUUAAAUACGAUUAGGAAGCUUCUUACAUAUUUUGUUUAAGUUGAACAAUAAACAAAAUGUUUGAAAUAUUCUUCUUCAAUAAAUAAAAUAAUUUAUCUCAAUAUAAAUAGAUCUAUAUAUAUAUAUGUAUAUAUAUAGAAAAAUUAAAAUAGAGUUUAGCAACAAUAUUAACUCUGCACUUAACUAUUUAAAAGAUUUUUCAAUGCACAAAAUAGCUAUUUUUCAUUGACACAUUAACACGUAGGCAAGGGAAGCAUAUAUUUUUUACCCUUGUGGAGCUACAACCUGUGAUAUGAUUAAUAGAACCAUGACAACAAAAUUGUUCAGUGUGACAUUUUAUUGGAACGAUAUUUUAUCGAUUUUAUUAAUUCGUUUUAUUAGAACAUAGUCAAAAACGAACAAACGUAGGAUAUAUAAAUCGUAUAUUUAUGCAAGUUUAUCAAUAAUACGAUUAACCAUUUGAGUUUCAGGCAAUGUGAUCGUACUGUUCAUAUUAGUAGUAAAAAAGUGCCAAGUUAUUAAAACGCAAUGUGCAAUUGAUACGUAAUAACCCCUUUGGCAUUUGUUGACACGAUUUUUCUAUAAAUGCAAUUCAAUGCAUUCAAAUUGGUUAAAUAACUGCAAUUCAAAUGGUUAAAUAACUUCAAUGCAACAAUUUUUUUCUUAUAAUUGAUAAAAUAUUAAAAAUAAAUAUAUAUAUUGUUUAUUGUUUUUGAGAAUAAUCAAUGUAAGUAGUUUUAGUUAGACGGUAAUCUUUAUAUAGAAACUUUUGAAAUAACAAUUGUUAAGAAUAAUUUGAUGCAGAAUUUACUAUUUUGCAACUUUCACGUUGCUUUAUCUGUAUUACCUAAUGAUUAAUAAACGAAUU